GCACGCUCAAACAUCCCUUCUCUUCUUCCAGUGAGCUCACGUGUUCGCCAUGAAAAACUCAAAAAAACAUUUCAAUGGUUCCCAAAAAGCUAAAUUCAAGCCGGGAUCUAAGAAGCGAGAGAAUAAACGGAUUGUGACGUUUGACGACAAAGACAGACAAGAUUAUCUGACUGGGUUCCACAAACGAAAAGUGGAAAGGAGGAAAGCAGCCGUGGCAGAAAUUAAAAAGAAAAUCAGAGAGGAGCAGAUCAGAGUCAGAGAAGAAAGGCACAAGGAGUACAUAAAGAUGCUGAAGGAGAGGACAGAAGCUCUGGAGGAUGCAGAGGACGAUCUGGAAGACGCAAUAACCUGCACCACAGAGUCUGUGCAGUAUGAUCACCCCAACCACACUGUUACCGUGACAACCAUCAGUGAUCUUGACCUGUCAGGGGCUCACAGGCUCGGACUGACAACAAACCAGGCUAAUGAGCAUAACGAGGAUGAAGAAAAGGAAGAAGGAAAAGAAGAGAAAAUGGAAGCAAUGCCAAAGAAAGCUGGGAAUCCAAUCGUCAACAAAAAGAUCCGCUCCCUCUCGACGGCGCUCAACACUUAUGCCAUCAAGCGGAAGAGGAAAGGGAAGCAGGAAGGCCGAUUCGGACGAGGCCAAGCGACAGACAAGAGACCUGCUGCCACAGACAGCAGCAGCAACAAAGCUGGGAGGACCAGCAAGCGCCAGAGACGCCGCCAGACCGGGAAGAGGCGGCAUCAGGACGACUGAAACUGCGUGCAGAAACUGGACGAGCUGGGAGCGACUUGACCUCUCGUACAGUUCAGCUAAUUAAGACUUUCUCGUAUUUCUGCUCCUCUGUGAUGAGAAGUUCAAAUGAAGAUGCCGAAGUGUCAAAUGUUUUGUCUUUUAUCUUUUGUUUUUUAUGUAGCUUUAUUUCAGAGUUGAACUAAAUUUUGAAAUAAAUAAAACGUAUGUUUAAUAAUGA